UUUUUUCUUCUUCUUGUGUGUAGAGCCUUUAAACUUGUUGUUUGGUGGGAAAUUGAAAAAGAAGAGAGAAAGUUGGGGUUGAGGUUCAUUGGUGGUACCAAUUUCAUACUACAAAUUCAUGGUCGUUUGACAUAUGAGCAACUAUGUGAGGUGAUCAACAAGAAUCUACGAGAAGAAGAUGUAGAGGGCACAAUAACUUCCUUUACAUUUAGAUUGCCAUAAUUGCAAAGAAAUGGUAAAUUUUAUCACUAUGGUAUUUCGGUUAUGGAUGAUGUUGGAGUUGAUAUGAUAACAUAUUUUAUGGCGCGAAAUCCAAAUCGCGAGUUUGCUGAAAUAUGUGUCGAGUUUGCUAGUCAUCUUGAAGAGGAGGAUGAUACGUAUAGUAUGCGCUCGAGUAGUGUCCAUAGUGAGCCAGAUGAUCUUAUGGAUGAGGGCAAUGAGGAUGAGGAUGAUGGUGAUGAUGUUGAUGAAGGCGAGCAUCGAGUUGUGAUCGAAGGAGCUUGUGCUAUGUCAAAUGUAGAGACAUAUGUUCCCGCAACACAUUAUUUUGUGCUCCCUGAAGACUAUGACAACGAGAUGAGAGUUGACUCUUACGGAGAUAUGAAUGAUGAUCUAGGAUGCCGCCCGGGACAAGAAUUCUACAUUGGCCAGAUAUUUUGUUCAAAAGAAGCUGCACAGAGGGCCUUGAAUCUUUACGCGAUGGAACGUAACUUCUAAUUUAGAGUGGUAGAGUCAACACCAAAACUUUGGAAGGUGAAAUGCUACAACUACAAGGAGAGCAAUUGCACAUGUAUGGUUCGAGUUGCCUCCAAAGACGCUAGCGGUGAUUGGAUAAUUAAAAAGGCAAAUUUCG